AUGGCCCCCGUUCCAAGGGCCGAUCUGGAUGGGGACAACCCUUCCUCGGAUAUUGGUGACAGUCAGGACUCUCCACUGCGCCGACAAUUUUCCGAACCAUUCCGCCCUCAAUCUACUUCUACUCAGAUCUCCCAGUCACCGGAGCCCAUCCCGCAACAUGUCAAGUGCGAUUGGUGCGGAAAGCUUUUAGAGCUUCCUGAUGAUGAAAACAUUUCCGAGGAAGAUAUUUUGAAUGAUCACAUCAAUGAUGCUCAUCCAAAGACCAUCAGUUUUUCUGGAUACGAUGGCCCCGAUGAUACUUACGACGACACUGGCGAUCUUCAAGAUGAUGACGCCAUUGAAGAAGAUGAGGACACUGCAGCUGAACCCCUCAAGCCUGAAGAUGGCGAGCCUAACGAUGCCGAAGAAAUUACCGUUGUGACUAACGGCGAACAUGGUGACACUGAAAAUAUUGUCAAGACUGCUCAGACCACCGUCAAUACCAGCCAACUUCCUACAGGGAAGCUCGAUCGGAUUGACUGGCUUUCCAACCCGCGCACUUCAUUUCCGGAGGAAUACCGCGCUCGCGAAGCAAAAUGGCGCCGCGCAGAUGCCAAAGCUCGUCUCCAAAAAUUCUGGAAUGUCCAUGAUGUUCAUCUGUUUUCCCCUGAUUACGAUCAGGAUGCCUCCAAGUGUGAAGCUUCUUGGGACGCUGCAUUCAAUGACACAACCAAAAUCAGAAAGCGCGAUGCUUCUGAACCCGCCAAUCACCCUCUACCAUACAAGAAACCCAAAGUCGACAAAGGUCAAUUCCUGGAAGUCCAAGCUGAAGACAUCGACAAACUGGUGAACAUGCUCCACAACCACGCCAAAUACUCCCCAGAAGAACUUUACGCUCUCACACAAACUGCCUGCUUUGCCAUGAAAACCAUCCAAGAUGAGUAUUUAGCACUCGAUGAUCUCAAUCUCAAAGCCCUGCGACACACUCGGGGCGAGGUCUCAUAUGAGACAAAGCGCCACGCCUCGCAGGGCCACAAAAAGAAAGGUGGUAUCCCUCUGGCUCGCGUCAAUGAAGAUACGCAAGACUUUGCCGAAAAGAAAGAGGCAAUGCUCUACGGCUACAAACACCAAUAUUUCCCCACAAACAACCCAUUCCUCCCAAUCCGCACCAUGCAAGAUCCAUUCGUCCAAGGAGGCUUUGUUCCUACUCCCGCACAGGCCAGAAAGAUGAUCGCGAAGAAAAAGGAGACUGGUGAAGGCAAUGCUGAUGGCUGGGCUACGCUGAAGAGACAUGGCCUCGAAUACAUCCCCCAAGUGUGGGAACCUCGCCGUGAACCCGUUCUCCCCAAGGUCACCCGCAAGCGCAAGGCUGCCGAGGUUGAACUCCCCAAGACCGAUGCCGAAGAGACACAGAACGAGACUGAAGAGGAUACUGAUGACGACAACCACCCCGCAAAGCGACGAACCAGAGGUCGUGGCGGCAAGCGCCUUACUGGCGAAUCCAUCCAGUUUGACUCUACUCCUCGCCGAGGCCCUGGACCUGGACGUGGUCGCGGACGGGGUCGCGGUCGUGGCGCUGGUCGCCUCGCUUCCACUCGAGCCACCUUCGAGGUCAGCCCAGCUCCACAAACUUCUAGUCGUGGCCGUGGCCGACGCGGUGCAAGCACCUUGGCCACCUCAAUUCCACCAGAGACCACCUCGUUCCCCGCCAUUGAACCUCGCACUGAAAGCCCUGUCGACGCUCCAUCCUCUGGCAAGAAAGAGGCACUGUCUGCCGAGGCCAUCGAGGAGGCUCGUCGUGUCAAAAUAGCCAACUCAAAGAACCCAAAGCGUACAAAGGCAAUGCUGGACCACUGGGACCGGUUCAACCGCGAAGGGCGGAUCCGCAAUCCAAAGCGAUCCAAGGCCCAAAUCGAGCAAGACCGUACCGUCGACGGGGACGGCCCUCAAGACCUCCCCAAGCCCCUCGGCCGUCGCAAGCGCUCUCCCUCUCUCGUGCCGCUCGCCGGCAACUUGGCUCCCAAGGGGCCCGGCGGCCUGCCUUCAAUGGUCAGCGUACAGGCGCAGCAGCAAAUGCCCACCCUCCCUCCAAUGGGUGUGCCUCACUACGGCCACGGGCCCGUGAAUCCCUACGCUGCUGCGCCUGUUGCGCCUAUGGCGCAACUGGGCCAACCAAUGCCCGCGCAAUACGCACCAUUCCCGUAUCUCCCUUACGGGAUGGGUUCCAUCCCGGGUCCACAUGACCCGCGGGACCCCCGCCAUUGA